AGGGCGUCCCUCCGACCGCGCACUCGCCCGCCCGCCCGCCCGCCCGCCGCUCCCUCCAGCUCGCCACCCUUCGUCCCCUCCCCGACCAGGCCCCGGGCUCCGGCCUUGGGGACGAAUCCCAGGCUGGAAGGGGGGUCCGGCCAUGGAGGGCGGCUCGAACCUGGGGGCCCCGGAGGAGGACGAGCCGGCCGCGGCCGCCCCCAAUCCGUUCGUCCACGAGCCGCAGCUGACCCGCCUGCAGCAAGUCCAGUUCUAUGUCCUGGGGGUUAUUCUGGCCCCAAUCCGGGUUGCGUUGGCCUUUGUGGUCCUCUUCCUUAUCUGGCCCUUUGCCCUGCUGCAAGUGGUGGGACUACCUGAGAAAACCUUGCAAGAACCCUGCUCGGGAUGGAGAAACACAGUUUCCCAUGGUUCGGUCUACUGGCUGAGUCGCCUGAUGUUUUUCUUGCUUGGGUUCAUGCGGAUUCGGGUGCGAGGCCAGAGGGCAUCCCGGCUCCAAGCACCCAUCCUGGUGGCUGCUCCUCACUCGACCUUCUUUGACCCAAUUAUUUUGCUGCCCUGUGAUCUUCCCAAGGUGGUGUCACGCACUGAGAAUCUCCAUGUGCCAGUCAUUGGAGCCCUGCUGAGGUUCAACCAGGCCAUCCUUGUCUCCCGCCAUGAUCCAGCCUCUCGCAAGAAGGUGGUGGAGGAAGUGAAGAAACGAGCCACAUCCCAGGGGAAAUGGCCACAGGUGCUUUUCUUUCCAGAGGGGACCUGCUCAAACAAAAAAGCCUUACUGAAGUUUAAACCAGGUGCCUUCAUAUCUGGUGUCCCCAUUCAGCCGGUCCUCAUUCGCUACCCCAACUCUCUGGAUUCGACAACCUGGGCAUGGAGAGGACCUGGAGUGUUAAAAGUCAUUUGGUUGACUGCGUCUCAGCCCUGCACGACUGUAGAAGUAGAGUUUCUCCCAGUUUAUCAGCCCAGCCCGGAAGAGGCAGUGAACCCCACACUAUAUGCUAACAAUGUCCAGAAAGUGAUGGCCAAAGCCCUGGGGAUCCCUGCCACAGACUGUGAAUUUGUGGGCAACCUCCCAGUCACCGUUGUAGGGCGCUUGAGAGUAGCCCUGGAGCCACGCAUCUGGGAGUUGGGGAAGGUUCUCCGGAAGGCCAGGUACCUAACAGAGGGGGUCCAAUGCAACUUGGAUUUGCUUCCUGUUGGCACGUCAGGGCAGGUGGGACCAAGUGAGCUUGCCCACUGGCUGGGACUGGAGUGUCCUAAAGCUGUGGAAGAGAUCUGCAUCUAUUUCCAACAGGAUGCCAAUGGAAACAUGGAUGCCCGGGAAGUGGUCCUAGCACUGGAAGCUCUGCAGGGAGAACAUGACCCACAGCAACUGACGUCUCGAGCUUUUGAGCUAUUUUCAGAGGUGGACGCCAGGACAGGAAAUUCCUCCCUGCGCCAAGAUGGAUUCUGCGCCAUUUUGCGCCUCCUGCUGGGCACUCCGGGUGUGGAUGGAGCUGAACUCUACAGCUGGCUUUGCACUGAGGAACACAGCCAGGAUGGGCUUACCCUCGUACCCCCAACAGAUAUCUAAAGGAUUGAAGCAUCAUUGCCACCCUCCUUGUGGCUGUGGGAGUCCUAAUGGCUUCUGGUUGCCUAUCCCUCCAACAAACUGGACAGUAAUGGAAGCAAUAAGGAAGGUACCCAAGAGGGAGGAGAAGUUGCUGUCUAGAUGUGAGCUCUAAAAUGUAGGCCCCGUGUCAUAGAAGGUGGUGGUGGUUACAUUCCUUCACAUCAACCCUGCAGGUCUCUGUGGUUUUCUUGGUAACAUUUUUGGGAAUAGUUUGCCACUGCCUUCUUUCUAGGACCAAGAGAGAGGGCCUGGCCCAAAGUCACCCAGCUGGCUUCUUGCCUAAGGGAGCAGCUCCUAAUUGAGUUUGGCUGAUCUCAGAAACAGCUGAGCAAAGUUGCACCUGGUUAGACCUUGGAUGGGUGACUGCUCGCAUGCCUUAAGGCUGUAGACUGGGCUGGGAAGUCUCCAGAACAUCCUAGAAGAAAGCAAAUGGCAAACCACUUCUGUUUUGCUGCCCUAAGAACUAUCCACACAGUCAGCAGGGGCUGGACUGGACUUGCGGCAUCUUUACCUUGGUCAUGGUAGGAAGGAACACAAGGGCGAUCCAGGCUGAUCUUGAAAAAAAGCCAAACGGGGUCUCACCUGCUGAGUCCUUCGAUGGGAAGCCAACUGAGUAAUUUCAGGGCGGUCGUCUAGACUAGGGAGUCGAAAACACAUCCUAGAAAAACGCAGUGGCAAAUGAUGAAAACUACCUGGAUGUACCCUUGUGAUCACCUGGACUCAUGCCUGGUUCAAGAGAGACUUACCUUUUGUGAUACCACCUACACAAUCCUUUUUAUAAUGAUUUUUCUUUUUCAUGUCAAGCACCUACCGAGGCGCUUCUGUAUUGAAAGGAUUUGCCAGUGACAUCACCGUUGCCUGUGGGACACCUGAAGGGGCUCCUUUCAUGUCCCUGUUAUUUUCCCACCGAAGUGGUACCUAUUUAUCUACUUGCAUUUGCAUGCUUUUGAACUCCUAGGUUAGCAGGAGCUGGAAUAAGUUGACGGGAGCUCACACCAUCAUGCGGCUCGCAUUCUCGGGUUUCAAACUGCCGAGCUUUUAUAAU